GGUUUCGGUCCGGUGGUGAGGAGUCGCGGGUCAGUGGCGGCGGGUCUCAGACAGAGCGGUGUGAUGAGCAGCGCGGGAGAAGAGCUGCUCAGUAAAUAGUCCGGCUGUUUCUGAGAGAUUAUCGGGUUACUGAGCUCACACGUCAUCCUCCAUUUGGCAGGAGAUGGGGAACUCGUACACGGGGCAGCUCCGCAGCACACGCUUUGAGGAGGUUCUGCACAACUCCAUCGAGGCGUCCCUUCGCUCCAACACCGUGGUACCUCGACCCGUGUUCUCCCAGCUAUACCUGGAACCGGAGUGGAGACCUCGCUCUCGAGAUGGUAGAACCGGCCAAAUUGAAAAUGAAGAUGAGGAUGAUGAUGACGGCUCUGAGUCUAACAGCCCUCCUAUUCCGUACCAGAUGAAGCCUCCUCCAGAAGGUUCCUGCACUACUGAUGGAUUCUGUCAGGCAGGAAAAGACCUGCGUCUGGCCUCCAUUGCAACUGAAUGCCUCGAUCUGCCACCAGGAUUUCUCCUGGUCGGGGCCAAGUCUCCCAGUUUACCUGACCAAUUACUGGUGUGUGCAGUGGACCGACGCUUUCUCCCAGAUGAACAUGGACAUAAUGCACUUUUAGGCUUCUCAGGGAACUGCAUGGGCUGUGGAGAGAAGGGCUUCCGCUACUUCACUGAGUUCUCCAACCACAUCAACCUAAAGCUGACCACCCAGCCCAAGAAGCAGAAGCACUUAAAGUACCACCUGUUCCAAAAUGCCCAGGGCACAGUGGUACUGGGCCCACCGAUCUGCUGGAAGGGUAUAGAGAGCCGUGUAAGAAGACAGAGCACCUCUAACGUGUCAGGUGGUCUAGAGGAGCAUCCUCCUGUCUCUGGAGUCAGUGACCUACUGCCUAAUUCAUCACACACCACUGGCUACACAGCAUCUGAAACCUGCCCUACCUCGAUCAACGAUGGCCAUGUUUCGUUAUCCCAGCAGCCGUUGCCUCAGCCUGGCUUGCUAGCCCACGGCCCAGGAAGACCCACAGUUAUAGGUUCCAUGGCAAACUCAGGACCACCCAAAAAAAGACACAAGGGCUGGUCCCCAGAAUCUUCAGCACCAACUGAAGCUGUUCAUAGACCUGCUGCGUCCAGCACAGUUAAUGGCACCAAAUCAGCAAGCAAUGGGACUUCUGGAUGUGCAUCCCAGGGGUCUUCCCCACCCAUGGCACCAGGGGAGUCAGUCAUAGUGCCUGAUAAUCUUCUCCAAACCUGUGGACUACAGCCAGUCAUUCUAAAAGGUCACGGUGCUCUUCCUCGCCUGUGUGGGAGUGCAGGUGAUGUGUUGGUAAAUGGGCGUCUGCAGGCAUGUUACCGCAGCACUCAGACACUCCCCCAUGUGUAUGAGCAGUACGGAGCCUCGUCGGUCCAGCCCCUCUCCACAGAGAUGCAGGUCCUACUGACCGUCUACUACCUGGUGCAGCUGGCCCCAGAUCAGAUGCCUCUUAUGGAAGACCUGGAGCAGAUCCUUAUGCGUUCUUGGCGAGAAUCGCACCUGACAGAAAUCCGCCAGUAUCAGCAGAGCCAUCCCCAGUUCUCCUCUCCUCUCCCUGGCCUGGCUCAGCCCCUCACCCCCUCACAGCUCCCCUGGCUGGCCAAGCUGGCCACCAGUUCCUGCGGCGAGAGUGUCCAGGUGCUGGACACGGCGCCCUCUCUGGCCGAGGCACUAGACGACACCUUCCAGAAGCUGAUGGAGGGCAAGCUAAAUCAAACGCAUUAUGUGGUGAUCGUCUGCAUGGGCAGGAGCCAAGAGACAGAAUCCUGUAUAGUGGUAACAGGGAAGCAUCAGUCUCGAGCUCUUGCAGAAAGCAUGCUCUCACCCAGUGACUGUGUUAGACAGAUCAGUCAGGAGCUUUCCUCCGGGAUGACCGCUGAACUAGAGGCCUACAUUGGCUCCUUGUGUCCAGAUGGAGAUGUGGAGGCAUUGCUGGAGAAAUCCAGUCCAGAGAAGAGCAGCCCCUCUACGCAAGGAUGUGGAGAACCUCCAUGUACAGAGUACCGGGUGGAAUGGCGUGAGAUUCGGCCUAUUCAGCUCGCUGUUGCCCGGAAGCUGCUGUCCCAUGUGUGUGCGAUUGCUGACUCCAGCACACACAACCUGGACCUGGGCUCCUUUGACAAGGUGGAGUUCCUGAUCUGUGUCCCUCCGUCUGAGGUGGCAUUCCAGCAAGUGGUCCUGCACCUGUGGAAUUCAGGGGUCCUGCAGGAGUUAGGCCUGGAACAGGAAUGCCUGUCCCCAAAGGACGCUGAGCAGUAUGUGGUCAAACUGGAUCAGACCGUGGUAGCAAAGAUUAACGAACUGAUCCAGAAAUCCAAGAUGAACCCAUACACACUCUUCAUUGUGGUGCACGACCAUGCUCACUGGGACAUCAGCAGUGGACACUACAGUAGAGUGGGCGGCAAACCCAGCGAAGGUCUUGUGGACAGCCUGCUGAACUGCAAACAGAUUCAAGAGGCUGCCAACAUCCUGACUCUUCACGUGACCUCCUUCCCCUUUGCUCUGCAGACCCAAAACACACGCAUCAGCCCAUACAAUGAGAUCCACUGGCCAUCUGCAUUCAAUAACGAUGUGGAUCUGUACCACGAGAAGACUAAGUACUAUGGUGUGUCGGAGCUUCUGGAGUCCACACGCUCGGGGAGCGGCCUGCCAUUACUGCGCUUCGACAGUUCAUUUGAAAGCAUGGUGGCAGUUCUGGAAGAGAGAUUCCCAAAGCUGCACAGCGUAGUAAUCCGCACCCAGGUGCUGCUCCAGCACUACUCUGUGGCUCUGAUGGCGACGGCUGGAGGUCAGGCUCAGCUGCAGAAGCACACCUCCAUAGAGACCCUGGAGAUGGUGCAGUGCCUGCUGAGUUCCACCCACCGCUGCCCCAGCCAUCACGGGCACAUGCUGCUGCUCCGAAUACCCUUCCCAUCCCUGGCAGCACUGGCACACCAGCGGCUCUGCCGCAUUCGGGACCGCCUGGGGCUCCACGACCGCUUCGAAGUUAUACUGGGUGACCCCACGUCUGGGAUCAUAGUGGGCAAGCACUUCCUCGAUCAGCUGAGGCUGUGGCUGAAGAUCCAAGACCCAGAAUGGACUCCUCACACAUACCUGGAGCUGGAAGCUUUGCCGUGCAUCCUUAUUUUUACUGGCAUGGAUCCAAUGGGGGAGUCCCUGCCCAGGUCUCUGAAGUACUGUGACCAGCGAGUGGUGAGCUGCUGCGCUCUGCGGAGGACGGCUAUGGAGCAGGAGCUGGGGCUGGCAGCCUACUUGGUAUUAGCAGAGCCGCAGAGCCAGCGAGGGGCCCGAACCUCCAGCGACCUCUCCGAGAGUGACCCCGACAAACUUAGCAGCACCGACAACGAGGAGGAGGAGCUGGUCGUGGACGUGAACAGUACACUCCCUGGCCCAGAUCAUUCCCAGGCUGAAUUCUCCCCACGCAAACCCGACAAGCAGCCUGCCCUGAGCAAGUGCACUCCUCAGAGACGGUCCACCUCCCCCGGCUCCUCAUCCACUCAGGCCUCCCCCCUGCGCCAGAGCUGCUCCUGGAGCCGUAACCUCAACCGCCCCCCUGUGGUGCUCCUCCCCAAAGCCCUGUAUAACCUCAUCACCACCAUGGACGCCAGCGGCUUACCAAAGCCCACAUCCUUCCUUCCGCAUGCCUCUGUGGAGUGGGCCAGCUCCUUCAGACCUCUCCUCAGCAAGAUGAUGACCUGCACUGAGCAGUCUCUCUAUUACAGGCAGUGGACAGUGCCUAGACAGCACCACAUGGACAGCAGUAACCGGGCCGAGGGCCGCACCGACAACUUUCACCCACGCAGACUGCUCCUCAGCGGGCCACCACAGGUCGGAAAGACGGGAGCGUACCUGCAGUUUCUGGGCAUCCUGUCCCGCAUGCUGAUCAGACUCAUGGAGGUGGAUAUUUAUGAUGAAGAGGAUAUAAACUGCAAUUGUCAGUCAGAUUUGGUGCAGUAUCACCAGGCCAUUGCAUCGUGGCCCAAUGCUGAUACCAUGAGAGGAAUGCCAUUUGAUUUUAUCAUUCACGAUCCUAAAUAUGAGGAUAUCAGUGUCAUCUAUUCCACUGACUUCACUCCAAACGCAGAGAAAAACCCCCGGCGUCAGGAGGAGGUAUAUCUCCGCCAGCGGACAGCGCGGAUAAAACUCUCCAAAUAUGCAGCGUACAACACAUACCAUCACUGUGAGCAGUGCCAUCAGUACAUGGGUUUCAACCCUCGAUAUCAGCUGUAUGAAUCCACCCUGCAUGCUUUCACUUUCUCUCACCUGCUGUUGGGGGAGGAGAUCCAGCUAUACUUCAUCAUCCCCAAAUCAAAAGAGCAUCACUUCUCCUUCAGCCAAUCAGGAGGCCAGCUGGAGAGCAUGAGACUCCCACUCACCUCUGACUGGAAUCCUGACUGCAUCAAGAGCCCCAUAUUUACACCCACGACAGGACGCCACGAGCACGGGCUGUUCAACCUGUACCACGCCAUGGACGGAGCCUCCCAUCUUCACAUCCUGGUCAUCAAAGAAUAUGAGAUGGCUGUGUAUAAGAAGUAUUGGCCUAAUCACAUCAUGCUAGUUCUGCCCACCAUCUUUAAUGGAGCUGGAAUAGGUGCAGCACAUUUCCUCAUUAAAGAGUUGUCCUACCACAAUCUGGAGCUGGAGCGUAAUCGGAGGGUGGAGCAUGGCAGUCGUCCACAGGACGUUUGGCCCUUUAUCAUCCUGGCAGAUGACUCCUGUGUUAUGUGGAACAGUGUAGACGUUGACACCAAAAGUGGCACAGCAGGCACAGAGCGGAACGUGUCACUGAAGCAGGUGCUGCAGCACAUGGAGGCGUCUCCAGACAUCACGCAGUAUGGGCUUUGCGGCCUCAGAAAGUGGUCGAGUCGGGGUUCUGGGUUCGGGCGACGCAGAGAGCCCUUCUCACGAGGACACCUGCACGACUUCCUGCUCCUCAAUGUGGACCUCACACAGGAUGUGCAGUACAACCAAAACCGAUUCACGUGUGAUGAUGUGGACUUUAACCUCCGAGUCCAGAGCGCCGGCCUUCUCAUGUGCCGCUUCAACAACUUCAGUGUGAUGAAGAAGCAGAUAGCCAUUGGAGGAUAUCGCACUUUCAUCAUCAAGACCAAGAUGACUGAUGUCCCAACCGUGCAGCCGUCCCAGUAUGUCUGUGCUCCGGACAGUAAGCACUUGUUCCUGGCCACCCCGGCUCAGCUUCUACUGGAGAAGUACCUCCAGCACACCAGCCAGCGGCUCUUCCCCCUCAGUGCUGGAAAUUACAGCCACCCGGUACUGUCUGUGGACUGCUAUCUUAACCUGGGCCCAGAGGUGACUGUGUGCUUUGUCAGUUCAAGACCACACUCCAUCAACAUUAGCACCGCUGGGCUGCUCUUCAGUGGCCUCGUGCUGUACUUUUGUGAUUCUUUUGUCACACCUGGAUUCCUCAAAAAGUUCCAAUUCCUGAAAGGUGCGACUCUGUGCGUGAUCUGCCCCAACCGGAGCGCUCUGCGCCAGACUGUGGUCCGGCUGGAGCUGGAGGACGAGUGGAGGUUCCGCCUAAGUGAUGAAUUUCAGACGGCCAACGCCAAAGAGGAUCAGCCCAUCUUCUUUCUGACAGGGAAACACAUCUGACUCAAGCCCUCUCAGUAACCUGCAGAACUGUAACUGUGGCCUUACCCAUGUGUAUAUAACUUUCUGUAUAUAUAAUGCACUGUAUUUUACUUUUGUAUGAUUUUUUAUUGUUUAGUUUCAGUUCUGUUACCGAAUCAAAUAUUACCAAAUGUUACCUGUAAACUACAGUGACAUUACAAAAAAGAUCUAUAUUUAUUACCACAGCUGUGUUUUAUGACAGCUGUUUUUUUAUUAUUGAUCCUAUUUUUUCAAGUGUUUUGCCACCCAGGAUAUUUUGUAGCUAAAUAAUAUUUUUGUAAAUGUUUGUAGUGUGUAUUCAGUCAUACUGUUACAUGCUUGUUUUCUGAGAAUAUAUUUACUAUGUAAAGUUUUACUUUGUGUUUCUGUUUUUAAAAGAUGGCUUGUGUCAUUGUGUGAGUCACUGCAUGUUUUAAGUUUGUGGUAUUUGUGCAGUUUUGCUAUAUAAUCACUAGAGGGCGUUACAGGGCUUUUAGUGUCUACCUCCUCACAGGGUCAGUGUGUGGCUGGAAAGUACUGUAAUAAAAAAAUCCAAAUAACAAUAAUGCUGCCCGUCUAUAAUUAAAAAA